AUGAAAUAGAUUUUUGGAAAUUACUGCAGGAUAUGUAGGGGAAGAUGUGGAGUCCAUAUUAUACAAACUCCUUACGGUUGCUGACUAUAAUGUGGCAGCUGCCCAGCAAGGCAUUGUUUACAUUGAUGAAGUUGACAAGAUUACCAAAAAGGCCGAGAGCCUUAAUAUUAGUAGAGAUGUGUCUGGGGAGGGUGUUCAAUAGGCAUUACUGGAGAUGCUGGAAGGAACAGUUGUCAAUGUUCCUGAGAAGGGAGCUCGAAAGCAUCCUAGAGGUGAAAACAUACAGAUUGACACGAAGGACAUUCUCUUCAUCUGUGGAGGUGCCUUCAUUGACUUGGAGAAAACAAUCUCAGAAAGGUGCCAAGAUUCUUCUAUUGGAUUUGGUGCUCCAGUACGUGCCAUCAUGAGGGCUGGUGGUGUUACGGAUUCUUCUGUUGCAUCAUCUUUAUUGGAGACUGUUGAAAGUAGUGACCUCAUUUCAUAUGGUUUAAUACCUGAAUUUGUUGGACGAUUUCCAAUCCUUGUCAAUUUGUCAGCUCUAACUGAAAACCAACUUGUGCAGGUUCUUACAGAGCCAAAAAAUGCCCUUGGGAAACAAUACAAAAAGAUGUUCCAGAUGAAUGGUGUCAAGUUGCAUUUAAUGGAAAAUGCCCUGAGAUUAAUUGCUAAAAGAGCAAUAUCUAAAAACACCGGGGAUCGGGGCUUGCAGGCGAUAUUGGAGAAUAUAUUGAUGGAGUCUAUGUUUGAGAUUCCUGAUAUUAGAACAGGUGAUGAUAUAAUAGAUGCAGUUGUAGUUGAUGAAGAGGCUGUUGGAUCUGAGGGACGUGGAUCUGGAGCAAAGAUUCUGUAUGGAAAGGGUGCAUUGGAUCGUUAUCUUUUACAACAAAAAGUAAAGGAUUUAGAGACCACUGCAGAGGGGUCUGAUGUAGAACCUGAAGUGGAUAUAGAAUCUCCUUCUAUUGUUGCCAGCAUUGCUUGAUUCAGUCUUGCAGCAAUCACCAUCAAAAUGAACAGAGCCUGGUAUAUUUGAUGGAUGAAGAUGUUGGCUUGUGCAUAUAUAUAAAUGUAUGUACGUGUGCGUACGUAUUAUAUGUGCCCUGGAGAAUAAUCCAAUAGCCAUUUAAUUUGUUAA